AUGGAACCAACGUUAUGUUUCCGUUUAUGUGAUACACCAAUAAUCUAUAUACAACGUUCAAUAUGUCGAUGUUCAUGGGGUGGUCUUAUGGAUUAUAGUCGACGUAGAAACACAUAUUGUUCAACAUCCUGUCCAAAACCAGGUUAUCGUAAAGUUACAACAAAUAUUUCAUGUGGUGGAUCAGAAUACUAUUCAGCUUAUGCUGAAAAUCAAUUUUAUACUAAACAUGCUCAUUUAUUUGAUUAUCGAAUUCAAUUCAAAUCAUGCGAAUUUCGAAAUAGUUCUUCUGAUUUUGAUAUAUUACAAGUUAAAAUUGAUGAAUUAUCUGAAAAAUUAGCAUUGAAUAAAUUGGAACGAUGUGCAGCUGCAUGUCUUGAUCAAAAUAAGACAACACAAUCCAUAGCUUUCAACAGUGAUAAUAAUCAAUGUUUAUGUAUAAUACAGAAAGAAUUAAACAUUGAUUCUAAUCGUAUACUUAAUUUAACAAUUUUACCAAAUAAUACUUGUGAUCUUUAUUGUGAUAAUACAUUUGGUGAUUCGAACAUUGAACAUAAAUUUAAAUGUGGCUCAAAAAAUGAUUCACGAAUAUGGGCUAUUUAUGAUUUAAGUGGUUUAUGUCCGAUUGAUUUUAUUUAUGUAAAAGAAUUAAAGGAAUGUAUGUCUUCGCAUAGUGGAAGAUGGAAUUCAUGUCCAUCUUCAUCGACAAGGUAUACUUAUGAUGGAAAACUAAAAUGGGAUGUCUUUCUGAAAAUUAUUGAUCAGUUAAACUUAACAAAAUCGACUGUUCUAAUAGAUUUUGAAGAUAAUGAUAUCAUUGAUAGUGCAUGGAAAUGCUUAAAACAAUAUUCAUAUGGUAGCGAUAGAACAUCUUACGUAUAUAGUUAUCGUACACUUUAUAUAUUAGAAAAUGGCUGUUUACGUUUAGAAAGUAAUUCAGGGUAUUCAUUUCUAUUAGCAUCUCGAUUAUGUAUAACCUAUUCAACAAGUUUGGUUUCAUCAUCUGGAUACAGUACAGUUUAUUACAGAUAUAAACCUUCUAUAAAUCCAAUAUCUUAUGAUUGUCCAAUGAAUUGGCUUGAUUUAAAUAAGCAUUGUUAUCGAAUAUCGGAUACAAGUAAAACAAUACAGGAAGCAAAAAAAAAUUGUAUUAGUGUAUCUCAAUCUACAGACAGUGAAGAACAUGAAGAUAGUGCAGAAUCUAUUAAUGAUAACGAUGAUGAUGACGAUGAUGAUUAUGGUGUUUCUUAUGAUAUAAUGACGAAAAUAAACGAUAAAAACAAAGACAAUAUCAAUAAAUUACAUAGAGGUGAAGUCGCUCAAUAUUCAUCACAAUGGCAAGGUCGUCUUGGCUUUUUCCUACUUGACACACAUAUAGCAAGUGAUGUAUUAACAAAUCAAUAUAAUAAAAAUAUACAAUCAAUCAAUUCCAAUGUUAACAUCGAUCGUUCCUCUAUAAAUGAAUUUCAAAUGAUUAAUACUGAUAAUUCAACUAACAACAAUGAAUCUUGUUUAGUUUUUACACGUUCAGUAAUCAACAGUAUUGAAAAUUCUAUUAUAACAAAGACAUCAAUCAAUAAUUGUUCAAAAGCAAGACAUGUAUUAUGUGCAAGAAAAUCAAUAAUUGAUUCUAACUCUCUAAUUGGUUGUUUUCAUAAACCAUUAACACUUGAUUUACCAUCUAUCAUCUCAAAUCAUUUAACAUAUAAAUUAUGUUUAUCUAUUUGUCAAAGUUUAAAAACAAAAUUAGCUAUUAUUCAAAUAAAUAAAUGUUAUUGUUUAAAUGCUGGUGUUACAUGGAUAAAUGGAACUACACGAAAUAAUUUCAACCAUAGAAAAGUAGAUUGUGGACGUCCUUGUCUUGGAAAUAAACAUGAACAUUGUGGUGAUGAAAACACAAUUGUUGUUUACAAUAUUACUCGUAGUUUAUCAUACUAUGAAGUUAGUUUAUCAGCUGAAUCAUCAAAUCCUGAUUUCAUUUAUGAUAGUUGUGUAUAUUUACAUUCAGUUAAUCGAUCGAUUAUGUAUCAAUUCAAUAUUAAACAUAUAUAUAAUAUACAUCCACGUCAUUGUUUAGAAAUAUGUAAUAAAUAUCAUCAAAAUUAUGCUCUUAUUAAUGGAAACAAAUGUUUAUGUACAAAUAAACCACCGAAAAGAAGAAAACUAUCAAAUUAUUUUACACCACAAGAUUUUUACUGUAAUCGUGAAUGUCUAGGGAAUUAUUUUUAUACAUGUGGAUCUAUAAACAAUGCAUCACUCUAUUCAGUAUAUACUAUGAAACUACAUUGUUCAACAGGUUUUACGUUAGAUGAAGAUAAAAAACGAUGUAUGUAUGAUGAUACUUCAAAAAAGAGUCAUGUUUUUCCCGAUGCACAAUCUCAUUGUAAAUCUAUUGGUGGUAUUAUUGCAAAAAUCAAUGAUAUUUUAGAAAUUCAAGAAGUUUUACCUAGUUCAUUCUUCAGAUUAACCAGUAAUUAUAGAUAUUCAUCAGAUGAUCUUUAUUCUUCCUCAGAUAUGUUAAAUAGAAAAAAAUAUUUUUGGAUUGAUCGUACAUAUAAUUUUAUAAAUACAAGUCAAACAUCAAAUCAUCCUAUUAGAAGAUGUACAGAAACAUCAGAUGAUAUUGAUUCACAUUGUAUUGUUCUUCGUUUGGACAAAAUUCUAAUUGGUAAUGUAAUAAGUUAUGAACAAUGUUUAACUGAAUCAGAUGAAUGUUUACCAGAAUCUGCUAUACCAGUUUGUGUUGAUAAACAUAUCGAACCUAAUUUAACUAUUAUUCAUCCAAUUAAACAUGGUUCUUCAUCGAUUAUAUCGAUUAAUACAUCAAUUGAUUAUACAUGUGGAGAUGAUAAAACAUAUCAUUUUAUUAAUAAUUAUUGUUAUAAAGUAGAUUUUCAUGAAACAACUUGGAAUGAAGCAAAAAAUAAAUGUGAACAUGAUAAUGCAACAUUAUUUAUACCUGAAAAAACAAUGAUGAUUCAAAUGAUAAAAGAAUUAGUUUUACAUCGACGUAUUUAUACGUGGUCCGGUAUUGUACAUGUUGGUCUUGUUUAUGAUAAUAAAAAACGUAAUAUUAUACGAUAUGAUACAAAUAAUGAAAAUACAUCAGAAUAUUUAUCUAAUACAGAGUCUUCUUAUUCUUUAUGUAAACGAACAUUUCUUGAUCAUUAUAAAAAAUUAUCGUCAUUAUCAAAACUAUCUACCGAAAAUAAAAAAGCAUUGAAAUCUCAACAAAUUGGUUGUGGAUAUCUUGAUUUUCAAUCAGAAACAAAUCCAUCGAUUUCAUGUAAUGAAGUAACUUGCAAGCAACUAGCAACUGUUAUAUGUCAAAAAUUACCAAUUAGAAAAACGGAAACUAUUCUAACUAAACGUAGUUAUAUCGACGAAUCAAUAGAUGAUGAUUCAGGUGUUUCAUUAUCGAACAAUGAAUCAGAUGAUAAAAAAGCAAACAGAUCUAUCAGCAGAGAUUUUGCACCAGUAUUCUUCAUAUUGGGUAUUAUAUUUAGUUUUAUUCUUCUUAUACUUGUUAAUGUAUUCCACAAGCAAUAUCAAAUAAGAAAAACUAAUAAUAAAUCUCAUAAAAGACUAAACAAUCAUUCAAUGUAUUCUCUGGUAUCAACCACUAACGAAUUUAAUUUGAAUUAA